AACCAGGAAGUGCUGUGUCUUUGUUUUUGUCCGUCUGCAGUGUUCUCAUUCUCCACUAGAACUGUGUUUAUCGCGGGCCCAAAUGGCGACGUUUAUUUCUGUCCCGCUGAAGAAGUCAUCGGAGGUCGACUUAGUAAAACCGUUGUCGAAAUUUGUAACGUCCACGUAUCCUCCCGGUGAGGAGCAGACGGAGUAUCUCCGUGCCGUGGAAGAGCUCAAUAAGCUGCGUAAAAGUGCUCUUGGGAGGCCGCUGGACAAACACGAGAGCUCGCUGGAAAUCCUGCUGCGAUAUUAUGAUCAGCUCUGUGCAAUUGAACCCAAAUUUCCUUUUACAGAGUUAUGUCUGACAUUUACAUGGAAAGAUGCUUUUGAUAAAGGAUCUUUGUUUGGAGGCUCAGUCAAGCUUGCAUUGGCAAGUGUGGGCUAUGAGAAGACGUGUGUGUUGUUUAAUGUGGGUGCACUGGCCAGUCAGAUUGCUUCUGAGCAGAAUCUCGACAAUGACGAGGGAUUGAAGACCGCCGCCAAGUUCUACCAGCUGGCAAGUGGUGCAUUUGCUCAUAUAAAGGAUACAGUGCUCUCUGCAUUGAAUAGAGAGCCCACCAUGGACAUCUCCCCCGAGACGGUGGGCACGCUCAGUCAGAUCAUGCUCAGCCAGGCACAGGAGGUCUUCGUUCUCAAAGCCACUGCUGAUAAGAUGAAGGACGCCAUUGUCGCUAAACUUGCCAACCAGGCGGCAGAUUACUAUGGCGAUGCUUUUAAGCAAUGUCAAUACAAAGAGAAUUUGCCUAAGUAUUUUUAUUUCCAGGAAGUGCUUCCUGUCCUCGCCGCCAAGCACUGUAUGAUGCAGGCCACCGCAGAGCUGCACCAGUCAGCCUUGGCCAAUCAGAAGAAAAAAUUCGGAGAGGAGAUCGCUCGGCUGCAGCACGCCACAGAGCUGGUGAAGACCGCGGCUUCUCGAUACGAUGAGUAUGUUAAUGUAAAGGACAUCUCAGAUAAGAUCAGUCGUGCCCUCACAGCUGCAAAGAAAGACAAUGACUUCAUUUACCAUGACCGUGUGCCAGAGGUCAAAGACCUGGAGCACAUUGGCAAAGCAUCUUUGGUCAAAGCAACUGCAAUUCAGACACCACUGAGCCAGAAGUUCUCAGAUCUGUUUGAGAAGAUGGUGCCGAUGGCAGUGCAGCAGUCAGUGAGUGCAGCCAAUUCCAGGAAGGCUGACACAGUCAACAGACUGAUUGGCAGCAUGAGGGAAGCAACGAAUCUCUGCAACGGGGUGUUGGCGUCUUUGAACCUGCCGGCCGCACUAGAAGAUCUGUCAGGAGACUCAGUUCCUCAGUCCAUCCUUGAGAAGAGCCGUGCUGUUGUUCAGCUGGGCGGCCUACAGAGCAUCGAACAGCUUAUUAAAGAUCUCCCUGAACUACUGCAGAGGAACCGUGAGAUCCUGGAUGAGUCCUUCAAGAUGUUAGAUGAUGAGGAAGCAACAGACAAUGAACUCCGAGGCAAAUUCAAUCAGCGCUGGAACAGAACUCCCUCUGGAGAUCUGUAUAAAUCACUCAGAGCAGAGGGAAAUAAUUUUCGCAAUAUACUGGACAAGGCAGUACAGGCUGAUCAGGUGGUGAGAGAGCGUUACACUGCACAUUGUGAGAUGAUUACUUUGCUCUGCAAGCCAGAGAAUGAGCUCAGUGCCGCCAUACCGUCUGCCAACCCUGCCAAGACUCUGCAGGGCAGUGAGGUGGUAAACGUGCUGAGAGCUCAGCUGGCACAGCAGGAAGAGGUGAAGAGGGAACGGGAAGUUCUGGAGGGAGAGGUGAAGUCGGUGACUUUUGAUAUGACAACAAAGUUCCUUACGGCACUGGCUCAAGAUGGCGCCAUUAACGAAGAGGCUCUGACCACCAAUGAGCUGGACACACGUUACGGCUCUCACACACAACGUGUUCAGCAGAAUUUACGCAGACAGGAGGAACUGCUGUCACAGAUACAGGUGUCUCACCAGGAAUUUUCUGCACUCAAGCAGUCCAACUCUGAGGCUAAUAACAGAGAGGAGGUCUUGAAGAAACUCGCCUCAGCCCACGAUAGCUACAUAGAGAUAAGCUCCAAUAUCAAAGAGGGCACUAAAUUCUACAAUGAUCUGACAGAAAUCCUGUUAAAGUUUCAAAAUAAGUGCAGCGACAUUGUCUUCGCUCGCAAAACUGAGAGGGAUGAACUGCUCAAGGAGCUGCAGCAGAGCAUUGCUCGUGAGCCGAGCGCUCCUUCAUUCAGCGUCCCAUCAUACCAGUCCAACACUCCUGCUCCUGCCUCAGGAGGCCCGACCCCUGCGCCCAGGACUGUGUUUCAGCAGCCUCAGGCUAAACCCCAGCCGCCAGCGAGACCGCCACCCCCUAACGUCACUCCUCAGGCGGCCAGUACUUCAGCUCCAGUCAGUGCUCCAGUGGCUCCCAGCAGCACUAAUCCCCCACCUGUUGCACCACCCUCACAGGCUCAAGGACCACCCUACCCCACUUAUCAAGGCUACCCAGGGUAUUACCAGAUGCCAGUGGCCUAUAACCCCUAUGCAUACGGGCAGUUUAAUAUGCCGUACAUGCCCUAUCAAGCCCAGGGGCAGGCUGGAUACCCCGGAGCCCCUCCUGCACAGCAGCCCUACCCCUAUCCUCAACAACCACCACAGCAACAGCCCUACUACCCCCAACAGUAGAGCGCACCUCUCGCUACUACAGCCACACUCAUUCCUGUAAACUAGCACUCCUCUUACUGCACUUAACUAUUAACACUCACACUCGCUCUCUACUUAACAUCUGGCUUUAUCUAGGCGGGGUUUAGAACACAGGCCCCGUCUCCCUCUUUGUGGGUGGACUUUUAGGCCAAGGUUCACAAAGCAGGUGUGCUCGUCAAGGGAAGAUCUGAUCUCUGUCUCUCUCUUUCUCUCUGUUUUACCCUCUAGCCCAAAGUGAAGCUGCUGGCUGCCUGCCACUGCUUAUAUCUUAUUUUUGUAAUGAAUACUGACAUAUAAUCUCAUGCAAGAGCUGUUGAUUUCUUACCUUGAUGAUGAUGAUUUAAUUGCUGGGAGAAAGACCAUGGUUCUGUCUUACUGUAACCCUAGCUGUAUCAUUAUACCUCCUUCUGUUCAGUCUACAAUCAUCGCUUAGGGAAAGGAACAGUUAUACUGCUUGGAGAAUGGAUUUGUCACUAAAAAUAAUUCAUUUUUGUGUUUCUAUUGUUUUCAUGUGAUUAAAACCUGUCUGAUAUUAAAGAUGGUCUUUUUA